AUGGCUACCGGUGUAGAUGCGCGACUCAUGAAGUCGACCAAGUUUCCUGCCGAGUUUAGCCAGAAGGUUGACAUGCAAAAGGUCAAUCUACAAGUCAUGAAGAAAUGGAUUGCUAGUAAGAUCUCUGACAUCCUGGGGAACGAAGACGAUGUAGUGAUCGAGCUUGUUUUCAACCUCAUCGAGGGCCCGCGAUACCCGGACAUCAAGUCACUCCAAAUACAACUUACAGGUUUUCUCGACAAGGAUACGGCACCAUUCUGCAAAGAUCUAUGGAAACUACUGCUGAGUGCUCAAAGUAGCCCACAAGGCGUUCCCAAAGAGCUACUCGAAGCCAAGAAGCUGGAGCUCAUGCAGGAAAAGAUCGAGGCAGACCGAGCCGCUGAGACUGCUAAACAACGACGAGAUGAUUGGGACCGCCGCGAUCGCGAAGUCGCUGACAUGAAAGAUCGUGACCGCCGAGACCGGGCAGCUACUCGUGGGGACACAUGGCAAGGACGGCGAGGAGACCGUGAUUUCGAUAACCGAGGUCGAGGAGGAGGCUUCAGGAGGGGUGGUCGCAGAUCACGAUCACCAGGCCCACGCUUUCGAGAUUCCAGAGACUCGUACGGUCGUGACAGUUACGUUCCUAAAGGCAGGCGAGGAGGUGGCCGGGCCGACCAUGGCCGUCGAAAGUCACCAGCGCGGUCUCGCUCAGCAUCAGCAUCAUCUCGGUCAAGCUCUCGGAGUCGCAGUGCGUCACGCAGCUCUAAUCAAUCGGACCGACGACCCAAGGCCACCUCUCCAGGGGGAAGAGGAGACAGAAGGAAGCGGUCGCGUUCUCCAAAGGGAGACUCGUACCGGGGUCGUGCCAACAGACGCCGAGAUAGGGGUCGCUUGAGUCGUCCAUCCCGAUCUGUAUCGUCAGGUCGGGACUCUCCUGCAGCAAAACGCCGACGAUACUCACCUUCAAGGAGUCGCUCGGUGUCCCGCCGAAGGAGGUCCACGAGAAGUGUCUCUUCGUCACGAUCUGACUCUCGCAGCAGGAGUCGCAGUUACAGCCGUAGCCGAAGUCGCAGUCCCUCGAGCAGUGCAUCCCCAGACCGUAAAUCCAAGAGAGGCCCAAACCGUGGGAGGGGCGGACAACGAUCUUCAAAGAGGAGAGAGUCGCCUGCAGGCCGACGGAGGAACAGUUCUUCGGCUUCUUCACAAUCCAGGAUUCGAGACAAGUCAGCUGAUGUUUCUGAAGAUGAAUCUCGUGCCCCGCCGACCAAGCCCGAGGCAGAGGUGGCCACCGAAUAA